GGAGAAGGCCAUACCCUUGUGUAAAAGAAAUAACUGUUGGAGGAAUGAAACAUAUUCCAUCUGCUGGCAUUGUGCAACUUGAUAGAGAUCCUAUGGAGUAGAAAUUUUUGAUAGCAUGUGGUACAACAGGAGUUCUUACAAUCAUCAGAGAAUGAAUGGGAAAAAAGGUAGUUUUGAGAUCAACAUGCCUGUCAUUAGCAAAAACAUUUCAGAAACUACCAAGAUAUGCGAAGAUGUUAAGAGCUGCCUCAUGAGUGUAUGGGAAUUUUGCAAAGAAGACAAGAACAGAGUAAUAUUUUCACUUAAAGUGGGGUUCACAGUUCUUCUUGUAUCUUUACUGAUACUAUGCCAGACACCAUAUCGAAUUUUUGGCACCAAUAUUAUCUGGUCAAUCAUCACCGUCGCCAUCAUGUUUGAAUAUACUGUUGGUGCCACAUUUAAUAGAGGAUUCAACAGAGCACUGGGAAGCUUGCUAGCAGGAAUCCUGGCCAUAGCUGUAGAACAGUUAGCUUUGCGAACAGGGCGAAUAGCUGAGCCUAUUAUAAUUGGAUUAAGCAUUUUCAUUGUUGGAACUGUAACAUCAUUCAUGAAAUUAUUGCCACCCCUAGUGCCAUAUGAAUAUGGAUUUCGAGUUAUACUUUUCACCUACUGUCUUAUCAUUGUUUCUGGAUAUCGAAUGGGGAACCCAAUCAGAACAGCCAUGGAUAGGCUCUAUUCUAUUGCUAUAGGAGGCAUUGUAGCAGUAAUAGUGAAUGUACUAGUUUAUCCAAUAUGGGCUGGGGAACAAUUGCACAAGGAGCUUUCAAGCAACUUUGCUUCAGUAGCUGAUGCUCUUGAGGAAUGCGUUAAGAAGUACUUACACGAUGAUGGAUCAGAACAUCCUAAGUUCACAAAGACUGUCAUGGAGGACUCCCUGGAUGAACCUGCAUACAAAAAAUGCCGAUCUAUAUUAAACUCCUCAGCUAAACUUGAAUCCAUGGCCAUUUCAGCUAAAUGGGAACCACCCCAUGGUAGGUUUCAACAUUUCUUUUAUCCUUGGUCAGAAUAUGUCAAAGUUAGUGCAGUCCUCCGGUACUGUGCAUAUGAAGUCAUGGCAAUUCAUGGUGUGCUCCACUCAGAAAUCCAGGCUCCAUACAAACUUAAAAUCAUAUUCCAGAAAGAGAUACAAGAGACAACGAGCGAUGCUGCUGAACUCGUCCGGUGCCUGGGAAAAGACAUGCAAAAUAUGGAAAGAAGCUUCAAAACUGGUCUCCUUAAAAGGGUUCAUAGCUCGACUGAGAGACUCCAACAUGCCAUAGACCUGCACUCAUACCUCCUCACAUCAAUUCAUGAGCCACCGGAUAACUCAUCUAAGCCACUGACACGGCUCUCCCAUGCAUUGUCACCAAUGCUUUCUAAUCUCUCAACCCAAAUGGCUGAAAUUGAUAGUAGAACUGAACAAGAUUUUGAACCUAUAUCUCAGCCAUUAGAUCUACCCCAACCAUUACAGGCAGAGUCCUAUCAUGACACAAUGAGGAGGCAGUCAAGACGGCUCCAUUCCUGGCCAUCAAGAGAGGUUGAUGCUUAUGAAGAAGAGGGGGGGUUCAGUUCAGACAACAUUCCCCGAAUGCAGGCACUAGAGAGCACGACAACGUUGUCACUCGCAACUUUUACCUCCCUGCUCAUUGAAUUUGUGGCUCGGCUUGACCACUUGGUUGAAGCAGUUGAAGAACUGUCUAAGAUGGCCAAAUUCAAAGAGGAAGCUCUCUAGACCGGAACCAUUAAAUCUGAUCAUGAAGAUCGCAUAGAUGUUAUACAGUACAAUAUGAUUGGUAGGAUUCUAAGGUCUUAAGAUGGUUUCAAAUUUUUUUCUACAACAGAAGAGCAUUUUUGUCUCCAACAGAGAUUCCUUAGAGUUCCAUCUCUAUAGUGAUCAUCAUGAAAGGUGUCAGAUGCUGUAGCUAAUUAAAAGGCCUAACUGUGUUGAAUAUAGUUGCCUUUUGAAUCAUACCCUAGAACUAAAGAAAACAAUAAAGUAAAGGAAAGUAAGUCUUCCCAUACAGAAUAUUACCUGAUGUUUCCAGUUUGAUCUGUUAAUUGUUUAUUUCCCUUUUCAUAUCUUUCACUUGCUUUUUCAACAAGGUCUUAAGAAUCUACUUUUAUUUUAUCCAGAGCCUAAGCCAUUCAAACUAUAUGUUUCACUCGUUAUGACAGCUAACAAUGAUUCUAGUAACGAACCUCCAUGGACUUAUUUCAUUGGGGGCGAUCAAAUUCAUGUUUUAGAUAUGAAGAGAAACAGAGAAUAAGUGUUUAGACUUUCUUACUUGUCAGGAAUAUAUCACUGCUAUCACAACCUAGUACUUUAAAGAGUAGCUUAGCUAAAGCAAAUAAAUUCAAGUUACAAACAUUAUUCAAGAACUACAGCAAU